AAAAUUUACCAAUCUCCAAUGAAAAGCUCAUUUUUUCUAAUGUGUACUGUGUGACUCAUUUCAGUAUUUUUAGGCUGUUGGCGAAGAGACUGUGUCCACAUUGUGUGUCACUUAUGGAAGUUACUUAAUAACGAAGGUGGCUGUUAAUUAUCGCGGGUUUUCUUCAGAUUCUCGAGCUCCACUCGCACUAUGUUCAUUAAUGAAUCACUGCGACGACCCUGCGUUAUUUGCUCACUUAGAGCAUAUGAUACCAAAAAUUCUUUCGGCUGUUGAUUAUUCAUAUCAGGCAUUUGCUUUUACGUUGUUUCAGAGUGAAAAUUGGCAGAAAUAUGGAUUUAUCUAUAUAAAUAGUUCACUUUUUAGGACUAAACACCUUCUUUCGUCGCCGUAUUUGCCUGUACGGCUAGUAGUCCUUGAUAUUCUUGAGGAGUGCACUCUUAGUUUAUGUAAUUUUUACGAUGAAAUUCUGCCAAUGCUACAUCAAAACUGGCCAGGGCUGCUCUCUCGUUUGCGCGAUAGAGAGGUUUUUGUUCAAAUGAGAGCUUUUCAGGUAAGUAUGGGCUUUAAGGUGGCAUCACCACAUUCAAGCCUCGAAGCUUGGCCUGUCGUAAAUGAGUUUAUGAUUUCACAAGUCAAAAGAAGCAAGAAGGCCGAUUCUAGCUAUUCUUAUUCGUCCUACUAUUCAUACCAAAAGGCUGUGCUUCAACUGUUAGUUAUACUAUCGCGACCGCUAAAAAAUUAG